AUGGGUCGCUUUAAGUGAUUAUAUUUUCUAAUUCAAAGUAUUUUCGAAUUCAAAGCGAGUCAGCUGUGCGGAAAAUAAUUUAAUUGUUUUUUGAGCAACUUUUUGCAUAUCCGGCCCGAUACCGGAUGUUGAGAUUAUCCUGUAUAUUACCCGCUACGUCCCUACUGGAUUCCUAAUUUAAAUGAAUUGAAUAAUAACUAGGGAUCCAAGGAUAGUGUGAAGUUUCAAAUCGAAAACACUGCAAGAACUAUAUAGGGUCGACGACACUUACACUACGAAAUACACAGUUACCAAAGGCAUUUCAUCUGAUUAUCUACUGUUUUUAACGCUACAAGAAGACCUUGAUAAGAGCAACAGAGAAAAGCGAGAAUUCGCAAAAGUUAAAAAACGUAGCGAAAAUGUAUCCAUAACACCAAAUACAACUAUAUCAUAUGAGUCAAAGAACCAGUUCGAAGUUCUCAGCGUUAGUGACCACAAAGAAGAAGUAAACAAAUCUGCAUCAGAUCUGGAUCAAUCAGAGGCUAGACAUAAUAACACAGAUAUAUCAGCCAAACAUGGAGACAAGCCAAGGCAAAGCGGAGACAAACCAAACCAACGCCGAAGCGGGCAAAAUAGUCGAAAGAUCGAAAGACGCCAGCAAUCCAAAGGAAACAUACAAGAUUGUCAAUUAAAUUUGGACGAACGGAAAACAAAGACAAAACAAAGGCAACCUAACAUUGUAAUCUUAGGGGAUUCAAUGUUAAAACAUUUGAAUCCCCGACGAAUUCAGCAAGGAAUUGACCAAAAGAUAUCAAUAAAAACCUUUCCUGGAGCUGGUGUUGACGAAAUGACCCACUAUGUUAAACCGACGCUCCAAAAGAAACCAAAGCAUAUUAUCCUGCACAUAGGUACCAAUGACCUGCAAACGAAAUCGCCAGAUGCGUUAAUUAAAGCUGUAACAAAACUUGGAGAGGCUAUAACGCAAGAAAUAAGUGGUAUUGAACUUACGCUGUCGGAAGUCAUCACAAGAACCGACGAUUUGCAACUUGCUGAUAAGGUAAACAUUUACAAUAAUAAAUUAGACAAUCUAUGUACUGAACGCAAUUGGGGAUUUAUUACACAUAAAAGUAUCACUAAGACUCAUUUAAAUAGCUAUGGUUUGCACUUAAACCAAAGAGGAACAACUGCACUGGCAAGAAACAUAAAACAGUUUUUAAAAAAUCAAUCCUUAAAUUGA